AUGAAGGUGGCUCCCAUAGCAGCGGCAUUUGUGGCCUACAUAGUUUUGGGAAACCUCAGCCUCAACGUGAACCCUGUCAGCUUUUACCAGGUGAUGAAGAUUGCCGUAGCGCCCACGGUCAUGGCCCUGGAGCUGGCUGUGUACGGAAAGCUGCCAACCCCCAGAGUGGUGCUGGCGGUCAUGCUGGUGUGCUUGGGCGUAGCGGCGGCCACCAUCACUGACACGGAGAUGGCUAGCAACCUGAAGGGCCUGGCGAUCGGCGCCAGCGCCACCCUGGUCACUGCAAUGUACCAGAUCUGGGCGGGCACCAAGCAGCGCGAACUCAAGGCUAGUAGCAUGCAGCUGCUCCACCAGUACACCCCACAGGCCACCUUGCUGCUGGGCAUGCUCAUCCCGCUCAUGGAGCCGGUUGGCCUGGCCCGCGCCCACACGACUGCGGCUGCAGCAGCGGGCUCGUUUGGCGACGGCACACUGCUGGGCUACCACUAUACCCCUGCGGCGGUAGCUGCAAUUUUGCUGAGCGCCGUGCUGGGGCUGCUGGUGUCUCUGUCGACGUUCCUGGUCAUCGGCGCUACCAGUAGCCUCACCUACAAUGUUGUGGGCCAUGUCAAGACGGUGCUCAUCCUGACUGGCGGCUGCCUCAUGUUUGGUGAUACGAUGCCUCCAAAGAAGUUGGCGGGCAUCGGGAUUGCCAUGGUUGGCAUUAUUUGGUGA